AUGUCGACAGCGUAUCGUUACAAGCUAGAUCCUAUUGAAACGCCUGGCUACUGUCAUGUGGGCAACAAACUCACCCAAGAAAGCGCCGACGUGGCCAGUCUGAUCCUGCAGUCUAACAGGACGGCCUACCAUGUCUUCACCACUGAUUUCGAUAAGAUGGGAGCCUACCUGCACAAUCAUAUUGUACACCAUGUGACAGCUCUGUGGGCCUUGGGAGCCGAUGAGGAGACAAUGAUUUUUCACAAGAAGAACAAUGAGAACUAUCAGCUUCUACCCCGCAAGUUCCCAGAGGAAUCGAUUAUCGAGGAGAUGAAGACUGAGAAGGGAUUCCGGAAGUAUAGGGGCAGCCAGGACCACUUCCUGGACUAUGUCACAUUCUUUGAGCGUGAAAUUGAUGAGCUGGGAUACCAAGAGGUCCUGCAGAAGUAUGUAGUUGGAGGUGGGGAGAUUGCAGACGAUAUUCUCGCACGCAUGUAUCAUGGCUACGUCCACUCUUUGAUGUAUCUUGGCCAAGGCCUCGAAUUCAAGCAACUCCCCCUGGUAGCCGAGGCCCUAGCCCAGGCCGUCUCGCACAACGACAUGUACUACAACGACUUCCUGAAAUAUACAGAGCUGCAGGCUCAAUAUUCCCCCGAGCCCCGACUUUCCCUCCUCGAAUGCCUGGAGGCGUGCCGCGAGGAUCCAGUCAUCUCGACCUGCUCCAGUGUCGAUAUCCACCACCAGGUCGUUAACGGCUCGUGGAAGGUCGAGAAAGAGAUGAUCCGGGACUAUGUCUGUGGCAAGGCAUUCAAGGAGAUGGCUACAGUGUGCGCUCGAUAUCGCGUUGAUGAAGACGACGUAGAAAGGGCUACAGCAGAAUUGAUCAAUACAGCUGUAUACAUGGCGGCUGCUGCCCAACGUCCUCCGCACCAAUGCCGCUACGACUUCUUCCUGAUCCACGGAAGUAACUCUUCCAUCUGGCAAACAGCACUCACCCAAGAACCCUCCCUGACCCCAGCCCAGAAGGCGCGUCUGAUCGAGUACACAGGGCGCGUGAUCCUGAUGCUGUACGCAGGAAUGGGUUCCCCAGCUCUCAACAUCGACUGGCUUCUCACGCAGCAAUGGCACGAGCCCGGCACCGGUUGGGACCGAGUGAUUGAGCGUGUCAUACACCACAAGGACGACGGACACAUGGCGAAGCUGGUUCGUGUGAUUCGUCAUGCUGAGGAGGUCUCGCGUCCGUACGAGGAUCGGCCUGAGUUCCCGAUGAAGUCGCACAUGUUUUUGCCGGCUGCGCAGGCUGCCAUUGAUUCUGGUAGUGACAAGCCGAUGUCUGGUGUCCUGCAUUUUGAUUUUGUCCGUGGUUCGGCAUUUCCAGAGGCCUGGGCGAAAGUGCCAAGGAGGGGUGAGGUGGUGGCGUAG